AUGAACUUUUUUAGCGUUUUGUCCACAGCAGCAAGGUUUGACGCCAAAAAACAUGGUCCCGCUAUGAGGCGCUUCACUCCAGAAGGUGCCAACAAGGAUCAUUCUGUUGCGCUUGGAAAUCCGACACUGCACUGUGAUCCCAUGGAGAUACCUAUGCCGUGUCACACGCUGGACAUUUUCGGGGGAUCCAAAGCCACAGCGACGGCCGAGGGCACAGCUUCGUUAGAAGGGAAAUUCCAGCAAAAUAUUCGAACCAACGCCAGCACAACACACACUCCUCUUCAAAGCAUGAGUGUAAAGAAAAAAAGAAACCUGUGGCGGAAAAAUGAACUGCAGGUGGAGGGUAUUGAUGUGCCUCAGCCAAUUGAACACUUUUCGGAUCUUGUUAGGCCUCCACUCUCUGUGAAUGAGCGUCUCGUUUCCAAUCUAUUUGAGCGAAAUCACCGCAUCCCAACCCCCAUUCAGAUGCAGGCAAUUCCAUCUUUAAUUAAGAAGAGAGACGUUCUGGCUUGUGCUCCAACAGGGUCAGGGAAAACGUUGGCCUUUCUUAUUCCUAUGUUUCAUGUGUUAAACGCUCCUAACCCAGAAGCGGGGGUACGAGGGCUUAUUAUAACGCCUACAAUGGAGCUAGCCGAACAAAUUGAAAGAGAGGCCUUUUUUCUCAUGAAGGGCCAACGAUGGAAGCUUGUUCAACAUGGACAGUCAACUCGAAACAAGGACAUCUUUGUCACGACACCCAGGCGUGUUUUGUUAAUGAUAGAAAAGAAAUUAAUUGAUCUUUCUAAUAUACAAUAUCUGGUGUUUGAUGAAGGGGACCGUCUUUGGGACUCGACAACUGAUAAUCUUCACGUGGUGGACUCUAUCCUUACGGCUUGCACGUGUGAAGAGAAGGUGGUGGCGCUGUUUACCGCAACACUGAGUUCAAAGAUAGAGGGAAUAGCGCGUUCCGUAAUGAGUCCGGAUCCGAUUCGUAUUAUUGUCUCUGGUCGUGCGUCAGCAAACAAGAAAGUUUCUCAAGAACUUGUUUUUUGUGGUAACGAGUUGGGUAAAAUUGUGGCAAUACGCAAUAUGCUUCGUGAGGGGAUCUGCCCUCCCGUGCUUAUUUUUGUCCAGAGUAUCGAGCGUACCAAGGAGCUCUAUGACGAAAUAAGAUGCCAGGGUCUUCAUCUAGCAGUGAUGAAUUCUAAGAUGACCCAUGAAGAACGAGAUGAGACAAUAAUGAAUUUCCGGUUAGGAAAGAUAUGGGUGAUUAUCACCACGGAACUUCUGUCACGCGGGAUUGAUUUUAAGAACGUCGGAACCGUGAUAAAUUUUGAUCUUCCAAUUACUGUUGAGUCUUAUAUUCAUCGAAUUGGAAGAUGUGGGCGGGCGGGAAAAACAGGUAAGGCUAUCACAUUCUUCACCGAGGAUGAUAAGGAGCGAAUCCCACCGAUUGCUCGUGUCAUGAAGGAGUCGGGGAGCGAUGUUGAGGAUUGGAUGCUUGAAAUAAGGUCGGAUCGUCGCACACGCCGCCGAAUUGAGCGUUCAACGCCGCAAAGAAUGAUAGUUAGUACCAGGAAGCGAAUGCUUGUUGCCGAUCAACGCAUGAAGAGGCAGCUUCACCGGUUGGAGAAGGAAGCUGCUAACACGCCAGGUGAAAAAUCGGAUGACGAGGACGCGUAA